GAGUGGAAGCAUCCUUCCACCGGUGAUGGCCGGCAGCGCCUUACCCUGGAGUCUGCGGCGCGGUGUGUGUCGAAGACGGCGCCGCGACUGGUACAGCCCCCGGUGCGGCACGAUUGCGGGGACGAUGCUUUCUUCCUGGCUGGGGGCAAACAGACGUUGACUGUCGGCGUGGCAGAUGGCGUCAGCAGCUGGGCUCGCCAUGGCAUUAACCCGGCGCUCUUUGCGUGGGAGCUGAUGGUGCGCUGUGAGGCUGCGGCCCAGGACGGCUCCCUGGAUGCUGGUGAGAUCCUGACGGAAGGCUUUGAAACUGUCAUCCGUGAGAGCAGCAGACAUCUAGUAGGAAGUAGCACGGCUUGCAUUGCAUCGCUAGACUGCAGUGCUGGGGAGCUGGAUGUUGCGAAUCUGGGCGACAGUGGCGCCCUGGUAGUCCGGCCUAAUGGACAUGUUUGCCUGGAGACCAAGGAGCAGCAGCACUAUUUCAACUGCCCCUAUCAGCUGGUUUGCGUGCCGCAAGUGCGUGCCGGUUUCAUGAGCGGAGGCGAUCUUCCCGCGAGCAGCGAGAAAUACUCGACACAGGUGAGGGCCGGAGAUGUCUUGAUCUUGGCCACUGAUGGCUUCUUCGACAAUGUCUGGAAGGAACGUGCGAUCAGCGAGGUCCUUUCCAUGUCCUCAGCCUCUGCGGCGGAGAUUGCCGACCGCCUCGUCCGGGUGGCCUACGCUGCCUCCCAAUCCAUGGACGAGACCCCGUUCGGUCGUGCUGCAGCCCAGCACGGCAUAC